UCGGAAGCAGACAAGAAAGACGCCAUCAAAAAGGCAAACCAGAUCUUCGCCUUCACGCUCAAGAACAGCGCCGGCAAGACCGAGUCCUGGUACCUGGACCUCAAGGAGACGGGCGAGGUGGGCCGUGGCGCCGCGCCGGCGGGCAAGAAGGCUGUGACGAUGGUGAUGAACGACGCGGAUUUCCAGAAGAUGAUUGACGGCAAGGCGAAGGCGCAGCAGCUGUUUAUGAGCGGCAAGCUGAAGAUCAAGGGCAAUGUCAUGGGCGCGACGAAGUUGGAGCCGAUUCUGAAUAAGGCCAAGGAUCAGGCGAAGUUGUAG